AUGGAUAUUAUCCGAGCGCCUGGAAAUAUUAAUAUUAAUGGCAACGACAGCGGCGGCAGCAGUCUGGAGCCGUUGUUACGCAAACCCAAGGAUCCCGGUGCCGGUGGCCAUUUGCGCCAGCAGCAGCAGCAACAACAGCACGCCGACGAUCAUCACCAGCAGCAGCAGCAGCAGCAACAAAAUGGCGGCAGGAAUGGCCUAAAAACCGGUAGCAACAGCACCGGAUCACCGGCGCAAGCGACACCAGCGCCACUGCGCCAAACACCGCCCCAAUGCGCGUCGACGGAUUCGGGCAACAGUUCGUGCGUAAGCAGCGGCAGCAGCGGCAGCAGCAGCACCACCGGUGGUAGUGGGGGUAGUUCCAGCAGCACAAGUGCAUCCGGUGGUAGUGCAGUGGACGAACCAGAGACUAAAACGCCGCGUCGACCGGCGCGUUCGUCGUCCGCGUCGUCGCUCAAAACGCGCAACAUUUACGUGAACAAAACCUACGACGACGACGGUGGUGCCGGGUGUGCGGGAGCGUCCACCAUUGCCGGGUCCGUGGUUUCGAUCUCGAUCGAUGAGGGCAUUGAUGAUGCGUACGCGAAGAACGCCAACGGUUCACGCACGCGUCCACGUGCGAAUGGCCACGUGCUCGAGGAGCCCCAGGAACACGAGCAGCUGGAAGAGCGCGAAGAGGAGGUAAAACCGCUGCUGGAGCUUCGAAACGAGCGGCGCCGUACGACGAAGGGCAUCGUGAAAAGCCCCUCGAGCCAUAGUGUGGGUGAAAAACCACCACGGCAGCUUAGCCUGCAGUUUUCCCAACCCGAAUCCGUCGUCGUCAUCGAACGCCCCGUUCAUCACGUGCAGUUUAGUGGUGGUAGUGGUGGUGAGGGUGGGGAAAAAACCACCCUCAUCGGUGGGGUUCCCCUGCAAGGGUUGGGUGCAUCGGAACCGGCUUGCUCGAGCCCGAUCGGAAGUAUCCUUUCGCACGGUUCCGCCAGCUCAUCGACAUCCGGUUCGUCCUCGUCAUCGUCCUCGAACGAGAACAGCUCGCUGGGGGCGUACGCGGAAGCACGCCCCCCCGACGGUGGGUGGGGUUGGGUGGUGUGUUUCGCGUCCUUCAUGGUCAACCUUAUCGCGGACGGUGUAACGUUCAGCUUCGGCGUGAUGUACAUCGAACUGUUGGCGUAUUUCGGUGAAAGCAAAGGCAAAACGGCCUGGGUCGGAUCGCUGUUCAUGGCGAUGCCACUGCUCUGUGGUCCUGUGGCGUCCUUUCUCACCGAUCGGUACGGUUGCCGGAAGGUAACCAUCAUCGGUUCGAUCCUCGCCUCCGUUGGAUUCGCGCUAUCCGCUUACGCCACCUCGAUCGAGAUGCUUUACCUAACGUUCGGUAUCCUUUCCGGGUUUGGUUUGAGCCUUUGCUACGUUGCCGCCGUUGUCAUCGUGGCGUACUACUUCGACAAGAAGCGCUCCUUCGCAACGGGCCUUUCGGUGUGUGGCAGUGGCAUCGGUACGUUUGUGUUCGCCUCGCUAACGCAGGUCCUGCUCGAUGAGUACGGUUGGCGUGGUACAACGCUCAUCCUCGCUGGGAUCUUCCUUAACAUGUGCCUGUGUGGGUUGUUGAUGCGCGAUCUCGAGUGGACGACACACAAAUCCAAGCAGAAACGUCGCAAACAGCUGCAACAGCAGCAGCAGCAGCAGCAACAGCAAGCUGAUUCCGUGAGCAACAGCACGAAUACGGCAGGAAAUGCGAGCGUGCUGAUGGGCGCUGGUUGUGACGGAAACACACCCGGUGGUCUGGCAGGCGGCUGCAAUGGCGGGCUUGUGGAUGGAAAACACGAACACCUGUACGAUUUGGAUGACCCACGGUUGUUCAGCUCGCUCAUCACGCUACCGACGUUCCUGCAAAAUGGCGCUAGCCAGGAAAAGAUCACCCUCGAGGGUAUGUUGGCGAUGUUAAGCAAACAGCACAACAUGCACGAUCACCAUCUGCUGCACAGUUUGCCAGCACCGCAGAUCAGCAGCUCGCGCAGUUUCAGCCAACCACUGUCCCCGCAGAGUGGCGAAGAUUUAACGGAACGCAAGGAACACGAGCUGGAACGCACGCAGGAAGGACACGCCGACGCACGUGAAGCUCCAGCACAGGACGACGAGCAGCAGGAGCAACCGGAAAUGGGUGUCAAGGUCACGGCAUCGCGUCACCGAGCAGCAGGCGGGCAGCGGUCCGGUGCAAGGGGACGGCAUGGAGCCACCACCCAGAACGCCGGGGAAGCCGCCGGCCAGAACGCCUCCCCGUACGAGCCCAUGUUCCUGCGGCGGGUGCACAGCCACAGCACGCGCGGUACGGCCCCACCCGCUGGGACCGCAUCCUACCUGAAGGACCUGCGGAUGCACCGCCACUCGCUGACGUACCGCGGUGCUAUGCUGAACAUUCAGCGCUACCGGCUGCGGGCCUCCUCCUGCCCGGACAUCUACCGCAACUCGAUGACGACGAUCGCGAAGGAGAAGUCCGCCUGGUACCAGGGCGCGGAGGAGUUCCGAACGCUGCUCGUCAGCAUUCUGGACUUCUCGUACUUCUCCGACGUGCACUAUCUGCUGUUUGCCGUGUCCAACUUUCUGCUCUACACGUUCUACGACGUGCCGUACGUGUACCUGGGCGAUAAUGCGACCCAGAUUGGGUUCUCCCACGCCGAGUCGUCGAUGUUGAUCGCGAUCAUCGGCAUCCUGAAUAUGGUGGGCGAGGUGGUACUCGGUUGGAUGGGAGAUCGUAAGUCGGUCAACGCAAACUACACGUACGCGAUCUGUAUGGGACUGUGCGGGUUGGUGACGGCGUUAGUGCCCUUGUUCAAAGACUACACGAGUCUUUCGGUUUUGGCUGGUGGAUUUGGGCUGUUUAUAGCGGCGAACUAUUCGCUGACCAGUAUUAUUCUGGUGGAACUCAUUACCCUGGAGCGUUUCACCAACGCGUACGGUUUGCUGCUGCUGGUGCAGGGUGUCGCGAAUCUCGUAGGACCUCCGCUUGCAGGCUGGAUAUCUGAUCUAACGGAUUCGUACGAUUUGGCGUUCUAUUUGGCCGGGUUUUUCAUCGUCAUAUCUGGAGCCCUGCUGCUCGUGCUGCCUACCGUGUCGAAGUUGCGCAAAAUUCUGGACAAACGCCGACGCAGUUCUGCCCUUGCGACCGGUGAUGUGAUCAACCUUAACAAACAGGGUUCUUCCACAAACUAUCAUACGCACAACAAUAACGUCUCCAGUAAACCGGUCGUUCUGGAUCUAAAAACUACGUACGUCAGUAAUGGCAAACGUAUCGUUGGAGGACUUGACACUUCAAAGACAUCGGCGGUAAAUGGCGUGAACGCGGGACAGCACGUGUACGGCAACAAAAUGCCUGCCGAACUGGGAGCUACCGUGUAAGCGGGUGGUUCCAGAAUUAAAGCGCACCAGCCAAGUGUAAACGGUUUCUUCCUCAACAUUGCAAACAGGCUUACGAAAGCUAGACUCCGUAGGAACACCGAUCGCAGGUUCCUUUCUGUUCCGCUCACAUUCAAGCUUCGCAAACAAAAAAAAAAGCUUGUAUACGAUUUCAAGGCGUCGUCGUCACGCGAGUUGUGUAAGAUUUACACCUUUAGGUUUUCUAGUAGAUUCAACCCGUAGUGCCCUCGCCCCCCGGGGGUUUAGUAACUGCUAUCGUUUUGGGGCGGGGAGAGGUUUUCAUUUGUUCGGUUAAAUGUCCGAAGCACCAGUCUAGACUAGACGACGAUCGACAAACAUAUACCUCAAAACUUAUUCACUUAUGAAAUAAAUAAACAAAAAUCGAACCUUACGCUCGCUGUGAUGCGAGGUGAGAAAACGAAUGCAUCCGCUGUAGGAAUGGUUUACGUUGUGAGGACGAAUACGAACCGAACGCUGAUUUUGGACUUCUUUUCGAUCUAUUCUGCAGAACGCAACUUUGAUGGUAGAGCGCGAACGUACCAGCAAAUAUGUAAUACACUUCAAACUAUAGGCCCACUUAUUAUGAAUCUAUACUCAAUAAUACAUCAUUCGAGAGGCAAACAUGUUAGCAAUAUUUAAACGAAUAAGGACAAACAUGAAGCUGAUGAACGUUUGCAGUGUGUGGGAAUGAAAUGCUUUAUCAGGUUGACUGCACCUUAUCAAAGGGAAAAAGGAGUGCACUAUGUGCAAGUGGUAGCAAGUAGAAUUUGCGGAAUGGUUGCGAAUUUUGAAGCAGUAAUUGUGAUGGGGUUUCAAAACGGCAGAAAAUAGAUUAAAAAGAAUCUUCUCAGAAUACAUUUUUUUGCAGUAAAGCAAAUGCUUCUUUUUUCCAACAUAGUAGUCAAUUCACGAAAGGAUUGUUUUGCUGAGAAAACAUUAGUAUCAUUACA